AGUGGGCUGAACUUGCGGGCUGUCCCUUCCGGCGGCGGUGACAGCAGGAAGAUGGCGGAGCUACGCGCGCUCGUGGGUGUCAAGAGGGUCAUCGACUUCGCAGUGAAGAUCCGCGUGAAGCCAGACAAGACGGGCGUGGUCACGGACGGCGUGAAGCACUCUAUGAACCCCUUCUGCGAGAUCGCCGUGGAGGAGGCCGUGCGACUCAAGGAGAAGAAGCUCGUGAAGGAGGUCAUCGCGGUCAGCUGCGGGCCCGCCCAGUGCCAGGAGACCAUCCGCACUGCUCUGGCCAUGGGCGCAGACCGAGGCAUUCACGUGGAGGUGCCAGCUGCAGAGGCCGACCGCCUGGGGCCCCUGCAGGUGGCCCGGGUCCUGGCCAAGCUGGCGGAGAAAGAGAAGGUGGACCUGGUGCUGCUGGGCAAGCAGGCCAUCGAUGAUGACUGUAAUCAGACGGGCCAGAUGAUGGCGGGGCUGCUGGACUGGCCACAGGGCACAUUCGCCUCCCAGGUGACGCUGGAGGGGAGCAAGGUCAAAGUGGAGCGGGAGGUUGACGGGGGCCUGGAGACCGUGCGCCUGAAGCUGCCCGCCGUGGUGACCGCAGACCUGCGGCUCAACGAGCCCCGCUAUGCCACGCUGCCCAACAUCAUGAAAGCCAAGAAGAAGAAGAUCGAGGUGGUCAAGGCUGGGGACCUGGGCGUGGACCUGACCUCCAAGCUGACUGUGAUUAGUGUGGAGGACCCACCCCAGCGCGCGGCUGGCGUCAAGGUGGAGACCACGGAGGACCUGGUGGCCAAACUGAAGGAGAUUGGGCGGAUCUGAGCCCCACAUCCCCCUUCGUCGAAAUUCUGUAAUAAAAACAAAAAUGACUCUUA